UCACUGUUCAAAAACUUCUGACCGGCAGCUUAUACAGCAGUUUUAAUACUGCGAUCUUACCGGUUCCAGUGUGUGGCUGGAAUGUCAUCAGCGGCUGUGUUGCGACAGAAUAGCGAUGGCGAUCGCAGCAGCAACAGGAGGAGGAGGAGACAGAGAAACUCAGGCACAUGAUGAGGAGGAGGAGACAGAGAAACUCAGGCACAUGAUGAGGAGGAGGAGGAGGAGAGUGACUCAACAUUCAGGUGCGGCGGCCUCAGAGGGGCGGAUCUGAUCUCUGCGGCCGCUGGGACACUGUCCGAGCUUCUCCCUGUCUGCGGGACCGACUCGACACUGACCGACCAACCGCCAGAAACUUGUGCCAAGUCUUCCGUAAUAUCCCCGGCCUGCUCGGAGUAUGCUGUUUAAAGUGUUUUCGGAUUAGGGCUCAACAGGGACUUAUAUCACUUCCGGUUUGAAGCUGCAUUCCUACAGUGUUUUGGAGUAGCAGUGAUCUUUCAAAGUGUGGGAAGCUACCAGUCCCUGCAUGCAUCAGUUAAACGGGCGAAAUGGGAUUGUUGUGACUAAGAUGCAAUCUGUAUAUCUAAUAAAUCGAGAUUUGGAGACAAAACAACUUGGAUCUCAGACAAACGGCCCUGUUUUCCGGAUGAUUUAGUUCCUGAUGCACUCAUAGCUCUGCGUUAUGAGCGCCACCAGCGAUUAAAGAACCGCUUACUUUGUAAUCUGAGUCAUUUGAUACUUAACCACAACAAUGUGGUAAUGUGUUUGCACUUGAGGGCAAGGCGACCAAGAGUAAAUUUCACGUAGUUUUUAACUGUGGAUCCCUCAUGUGGGCGAAAGCAAUGGAAAUAUAACUGGAAAUUGAAAGAGGGUUCUAAGAUGAACUAAAAAUAUUGCACUGAAAGUGCAAACGUGUUUCAACAAUGCAAAAUCACUGAUUCAUGAAUUGGAAUGCACUGAAAUCACACCGAUGCAUCAUUUUGCGCUUGAGUUUUGAGAAAAACUGGAAAGACGAUUGCAUGAUGCUCGCAGUAUUUCACCCAAAACCCUCCGCACUAAACAACCUGGUACUUUGAGACACAGGAAACGUGACCGAGGAGCUGAAAGCUGUUGUUUCAUGAGGACACAUUUUGAACAGAAGAAUGGCGGGAAAAGACUACCAUCAUCUCUUCAAGUUGCUCAUCAUUGGUGACUCCAAUGUGGGGAAAAGCAGUUUGCUCCUACGAUUCGCAGACAACUCGUUCUCUGGCAGUUACAUAACUACUAUUGGAGUUGACUUCAAGAUCCGCACGGUAGAGAUUGAUGGGAGAAAAAGAGUUAAACUCCAGAUCUGGGACACUGCAGGGCAGGAAAGGUUCAGAACCAUCACCUCGACGUAUUACAGAAACACUCAUGGUGUCAUCAUUGUUUACGAUGUCACAAAUCCGGAAUCAUUUGUCAACGUGAAAAGAUGGUUAAACGAGAUAUCACAGAACUGUGACAAUGUCUGCAAAAUAACAGUUGGAAACAAGAAUGAUGAUCCUUCUAAAAAGCUUGUGGACACUCAAGAUGCUCAGCGCUUCGGAGAGUCGGUUGGUGUGAGGUUCUUUGAGACGAGUGCUAAAGAGAAUAUCAAUGUAGAAGAGAUGUUCAUGGCUUUCACUCACAUGGUCCUCCGGGCCAAGAAACAGAGCCAGAAUCGAGCAGAAAGAGAGAGGGGGAGAGAAAAGGACACCGUCCAUAUAAAUUCCCACAGGGACAGAGAAAGGAGGAAGAAGGGGAAGAAAUGCUGUUAGAGCAGAAGUUCCAGAACAGAUGGAAAGAGGGACAAAUCAAACACUUUUGCAACUCUGAUCCUUUGGGUCACGUUCUCAGCUCAGAAAUGUGACUUUUUUUAUGUUAACACUGUGCUUAGAUAAAACCAAGAGGAAUAAAUAAAUAACUUGCUAUUAUGUGCCGAACAUCAGCGUUUGUUUACACGGAUGUUUAUCAAUGUAAUG